UUUGACGCACACAGUCAGAGUUCAUCAGACUAAAGCAUGCUGUUAGUGCAUCAAAUGCAGGAUGUGAAGGUCUGGUAUCAGAUGUAGACUCUGUUCUUUCUUGAAUCGCUUCUUGUCUUAUCCACCUUCGCCUUCGUCAGUAACUAUGCUGUAAAACUCCACGACGUUCAUUGAGGGUGGGGCUCAGACCAGAGUGGUGCGGGGAAGCUCGGACCGAAGGCGAGUCGAACUCAUGUUCGGACGUACUCUCAAUGUGCAAGCACAGUCGGGCUCUCUCCGCGCGAAUAGCAUCCCGAGAACUGUCACGUUGCCUCCUUAGAAGGUGACAAUUCAUCACAAGCCAUCAUCGGUCACAAGAGAGGUGUGCAGCAACGUUUGACCUACCCCUUCGAGCAACAAUUCACAAUGGCUACACUCGACUCGAACAUCCGUCGUGUGCUUGACAAACUCCUUCCAAAGAUCCGAAUCCAACGUCAAAGUUCUUCCAGACCGGUCUUCAUAGGCAUUACCGGUCUCCAAGGCUCCGGAAAAUCCACAUGGGCAUCGAGAAUUGUUCAGAUUCUCUCAGAAGAGCAAAAUUUCAACACGAUAACCAUCUCCUUGGACGAUUUGUACAAAACUCAUGACGAUCUGGUUGCACAACGAGAAAAAGACCCGGAGAACAAGCUGUACCGCACUCGUGGCCAACCAGGGACGCAUGACGAACAGCUCGCAGGGCGGUUCUUCGGAGAACUUAGGGAGUAUACAGGAGACCGUGACCUAAAGAUCCCCAGUUUCGACAAAAGCCAAUACAACGGAGAAGGUGAUAGAGCACCAGACACAGACUGGCCAGUGCUAUCAUCGAAGCCCGACGUUGUAGUCUUUGAAGGCUGGUGUAUCGGCUUCCGUCCCCUGCCCGACUCGUCCAUCGAGGAAAAACACUCCCUUGCUCUGUCUGGGAAACUCGUCGUCAAUACUCCAGCGAACCAUCGGCUUUCGCAUCUUCUUGAAGUCAACGAAAAUCUCAGGAGGUAUUGCGAUGCGUUUAUGGGACCUCGGCACUUUGACUUCUUCGUGCAUAUCGAUACGGAGGAUUUGCGGAAUGUGUAUACAUGGCGGUUGCAGCAGGAGCAUAAGAUGAUUGAGGUGAAGGGGUCGGGGAUGUCCGAUGAGCAGGUUAGGGCGUUUGUGGAUGGAUAUAUGCCAAGCUAUGAGGUGUAUCUGGAUAAGCUGCGGGAGGGGUUCUUCGAAGAUCAGGGCAGGAUGGUGAGAGUAGUGUUGAAUAGGGAUAGGGGCGUCGACAGACUGGAGGAGCUUUGAGUGGUUCAGCCUUAAGGAGGCAUAGCUGAAAUCUAAGCAUGAGCGACGAGUAGGUUUGAAUAUUUUUGUGAUCUAUCGAAGAGACAAGACCCAUAAUCAACCUCAAUAAUUAUGAGAAGAUACUUGUCUAAUAAAGAAAUCCACCCG